UUCUCUUAUGAGCUCCUCAUUCGUUGUGCGUCUGGCGCCACAUCAAGACCUCCUUGCCGUGAAAUAAGGCUCGCUCAUCCUCCGUCGCUUCACCCGGCAUUAACCAACAUAUUUUCACCCUCAGCAACUCACAUUAAAAGCCUUUGAAUCAUGCGGGAAAUCGUUCAUAUCCAAGCUGGACAAUGUGGCAACCAAAUUGGAGCCAAGUUUUGGGAAAUUAUCUCCGAUGAGCACGGUAUCGACCCCACGGGAACUUACCAGGGCGAUUCGGAUCUCCAAUUGGAGCGGAUCAAUGUUUACUACAAUGAGGCCUCGGGUGGGAAAUACGUGCCCAGAGGUGUCUUGGUGGAUUUGGAACCCGGUACCAUGGACUCGGUCCGAUCCGGUCCUUAUGGGCAGAUCUUCCGACCCGACAACUUUGUUUUCGGACAAUCCGGAGCUGGAAACAAUUGGGCCAAGGGACAUUACACCGAAGGGGCCGAAUUGGUGGACUCUGUCUUGGACGUGGUCCGCAAGGAAUCCGAAUCUUGCGACUGUCUGCAAGGCUUCCAGUUGACCCAUUCGUUGGGCGGUGGGACGGGCUCCGGCUUGGGCACGCUCCUCAUCUCCAAGAUCCGCGAGGAAUACCCCGACCGCAUCAUGAACACCUACUCCGUGGUGCCCUCGCCCAAAGUGUCCGACACCGUGGUCGAGCCCUACAACGCCACCCUCUCCGUCCACCAACUACUGGUCGAGAACACCGACGAGACCUUCUGCAUCGACAACGAAGCCCUCUACGACAUCUGCUUCCGCACCCUCAAGCUCACCACACCCACCUACGGCGACCUCAACCACCUGGUCUCGCUCACCAUGUCCGGCGUGACCACGUGUCUCCGAUUCCCCGGUCAACUCAACGCGGACCUCCGAUACCUGACCGUGGCCGCCAUCUUCCGUGGACGCAUGUCCAUGAAAGAGGUCGACGAGCAGAUGUUGAACAUCCAGAACAAGAAUAGCUCCUACUUCGUGGAAUGGAUCCCCAACAACGUGAAGACCGCCGUGUGCGACAUCCCGCCCCGCGGACUCAAGAUGGCCGCCACCUUCAUCGGCAACUCCACCGCCAUCCAGGAGCUGUUCAAACGCAUCUCCGAGCAAUUCACGGCCAUGUUCCGCCGCAAGGCCUUUUUGCAUUGGUACACGGGCGAAGGCAUGGACGAGAUGGAGUUCACCGAGGCCGAAUCCAACAUGAACGACCUGGUCAGUGAAUACCAACAGUACCAAGAGGCCACGGCCGAGGACGAGGGCGAGUUCGACGAGGAAGAGGAGGAGGAGGUGGCUUGAACUACGCCAACAAUCACCCAUGUACCGCACAACCAAGCCGGACCAAAGACAGAGAUUAUUAUCAUCCCGGAUUGGACCUUACUCCCCCUUCCCCGUUUCAUUUGGAAUCUUUUUUUGACAUCUCGCCUGCCCAAUUUUGGUUCCCAAUGCUUUUCUCGUGCCUGUGUACUGCGAAUGUAGGAGUAGAAGUAUUAAUAAAAAGGCUUGACUGACUGUCGACGUCAA